AUGCCACCGCCCGAUUCGACAAAACACUUUUUCGUCGCUGCGACAAUCCUCAGCUCACUUGCUAUGUUUAUGGCUGUAACAAUAUUGCCCAUCAUGAUUGCCAGACUAGAUAUUGUGAUGGAUGAACUCAUUGAUGAAACUAUGGCUUUUAAAACAGCGGCUGAUGCUUUGGCUGUAGAGUUACAGCUGCGACAGAAACCUCAUUUUAGACAAGUUGUAAAGAGUAGAAUUGCUAGAGAAUCCAGCUUCUUGGACAAUUUGGAAAGAAGUAGGUUUUACUGGGUUUCUAAAAUACGAAAGAAUUGUUUUUAAAAUGGGGCUUGCUUUUCAGGUAAGGUCUGCGGGCCGGGCUACCUUUCCGAUUCGGCCUUCUUCAACUUUAGUAGAACGGGGAUAGGUUAGCUGGGUCUAAACGGCCCGUUACAUAAGUUGUUAUAAGUUGACAUUUUUAUUUGUAGGAUCAUUCAAAGGCAGAAUGAGACUCCUCCAACGUCAUAAACAACAAGAACAAACUAAAGGAUUCAUUGAGAAGAAAAGACAAUUUGAUGAGAAAUACAAUGAAUGUAAGUGUAUCAGUAUAAAAUAAAAAAAUAUAUUAAAGAUGGCAAGACAAAGAAAUUAUAUAAAUACUUUGAGCUGAUUCUGAGUGAGGUUAGAUAGUUUGUUUGUAAGUUAAGUUGAAAGUUAAAAAAAUUUUAAUUUUAAAAAUUUUUGUAUAAAUGAUAAAAACUAAAACCUCUUAAAACCCCAAUUUUCAGUAAAAGUCUUCAACAAUCCGCAUGUGCCCAAACAUACCAAAGAGAUGAAAGAGCAGCUACAUCAAGAAUACACUCGAGUUCAUACUUUGCCAAUUCAGCCUAUUCCUGAAAAUAUUAUUGUACAACAUCUUGCUCGAACUCAUCAGAGACCGAGUGAAAUCAGAAGACAUCCUCAACGCUUUUUCAGUAGUGAAAACAUUGUUGAGGAGACAUUACUAUUUGAGCCACAACAGCUGAAACAAAGUGUAAAGUGCCCUAAAGGACCACAAGGACCACCUGGAAUUAAGGGGGAGGAUGGAUGUAGGUUUAUAUAGUAGUACUUUAAUAUUCUUAUGUUUCUUGUUACCAUAAAGCUUUAUGUAAGAUAAAAUACAAAUUUUAUCAACUUUCAGUACCGGGCACCCCAGGAUUACCAGGCCGUUCAGGCCGUAGCUACAACAACCUGUCUCCUGUAUGCUUCAUGUGUCCAGAAGGUAGACCAGGAUUUUCUGGCCCACCCGGACCACCAGGGCUACCAGGACCAGACGGUCGUGAAGGUUUCCCCGGAGUAUUCGGACCACCAGGGCCAGCAGGACCUCAAGGAGACCAAGGCCUAACCGGUGAUGAUGGUCCGCCAGGCUUACCCGGAAAUCCUGGUUUCAAAUACGUACCAGGGCCAGUCGGACUACCUGGUGCACCAGGAGAACCAGGUGAGAUUGGAGAGUUUGGUACCGAUGGUGAGCCAGGAAUGGACGGAUUAGAAGGUGAAGAAGGAAUUGAAGGUUGGGAAGGAAUGAAUGGUACACCUGGUCCACCAGGGCCGAAAGGACCAGUUGGAGAAACUGGUGAUCAGGGAAAAGACUACCCAUUCUGUGAAUGUCCGACCAGAAGCAAGAACGCUUCAGAUUUGGACAAAAUGAAGAGAGUUGUGCCGUACUAUCCAGUACUCAAUUUGUUGCUUUGA